UGCCAAGAUGGAGGAUCAAUUAUGCAAUGACAAUAUGGCCCUUCGAGAAGCUCUUAUUGAAUGUCUUUCUCAUAUUUUGUCUCCUGAGCAGCAAUUGAGAUUGAAUGCUGAAGAAAGGUUGAAACUUCUUGAAGUUACCGAAGACUAUGGUAUUCAUCUGGCUCAGUUGUCUGUGGAUGAAAACAGUGCAUUACCUAUCCGACAAUUGGCAUCUGUCAUCCUGAAACAGUAUGUUCAAUCUCAUUGGAUGCCAAUAUCAGAGAAGUUCACCCCUCCUGUAACACCCAGCAAAGCGAAGGCUGCCAUUCGUGAAAUUCUUCCUCAUGGUUUAAAAGAUCCAAUCAGCAAGGUCCGCUUGAGUGUGGCGUAUGCGAUGUCAGCGAUUGCACAUUGGGAUUGGCCUGAAGCUUGGCCAGACUUAUUUGGCACCUUGAUGCAGGCACUUCUAUCAGAAGAUCACAACUUUGUUCAUGGUGCAAUGCGCGUGCUCACGGAAUUCUCGAGUGAAGUCACCGAUGCUCAGAUAUCCCAAGUUGCUCCUAUUAUCCUACCUCAGAUGUGUCUAAUACUCACCGAAGAUGUGAAAUAUCACAUUCGAACCAGAAGUCGGGCCGUGAGUAUAUUUAACACUUUCGCUGAAUUGAUCGGAUCCUCUUGUUCUAAGUCGGUAAGAAAACAGUUAUUCCCCGUCAUGAAGAGCUUUCCUCCUGUUUUGACGCAAGUCCUUGCUGUACCAGACGGGGAAACGUCGGACUGUGGUUUAAAAAUGGAAGUUCUAAAGGCAUUGACUACACUUAUUGAAAAAUUUCCAAAAGAGAUGGCUUCUCAAUUGAGUGCCGUACUACCACAUGUGUGGAAUAUAUUGACUCAUGGAGCCGAGCGUUACCAUAAAACGGUAAUCAAUUUCAUGGAAGAAGCCGAUGAUCCGGUUGAUUCGGAUGGUGAAAUUCUUACCUUUGAAGCAGUGGUAUUUCAGGUCUUCGAGUUCAUACAAGCAUUAGUUGAAUCAAGAUUUAAAGUUGUCGUUAAGACUCACCUCGAUCAGUUGCUCUAUUUUCUUCUUGUUUACAUGGAAAUCACCGAGGAUCAGGCUUGCAUAUGGAUGUCAGAUCCUAAUAGAUUUGUUGAAGACGAAGAUGACGAUACCUUCUCGUUUUCAGUUCGAAUUUCUGCGCAGAAUCUCCUACUGACACUCGCAUCCGAAAUGAAAGAUGAAACUGCUGCAUGUUUGGUACAAGCGUUAUCCAAACACUUACACGAAUCACGAACAGCAAAAUCGAACGGAGAUCAAUUUUGGUGGAAAGUGGACGAAUCGUGUAUGCUCGCUAUUGGUUCCGUUCAACCUCUUAUAUCAGAAAAGAUUUUAAACGGCGAAUUACAGUUUGAUGUUCCAGGAUUUUUGACGGAGGUUGUUUUGGUGGCUCUCAACGAUUCGUCUGCAUCGCCGUUUCUUAUUGGUCGUGCGUUAUGGUUCAGUAGUCGUUUCACUUGCGAGAUGACACCUGAGUUGUUGGCAAGAUUCUUGGAAGGGGCGGUGAACGGUCUUCGUGAAACUCAAGUUCCUGCUAUUCGUAUUGGAGCUGCUCGAGCUACAUAUGGGUUCUGCGAUCGAUUGAAGUCGAGUGGCAACGCAGCAUUGUUCAAUUCUUAUUUACCCGACGCAAUCAACAGUUUAAUUAAUAUGUCCACCCAAUUCAGAGAGGAUGUUCUUUCGUUAGUUCUCGAAACUUUGUGGAUCAUACUUGGUAUGAACAAAGAAAUAACAGCUGCUUGGGAAGAAAAGAUUUCGCCUCUUGUUGUAGCUAUGUUCCUAAAACAUGGAAAUGAUCCCCAACUGAAUCCUAUCAUUGAAGGUCUUUUUAAGGAGUUGGCUUACAACGAAGCAUGUUUACCGCUACUCCAAGAAAGAUUCCUUCCUACGUUGGUUAAUUUACUUGAUGGGCCGCAUGAAAAAGUUCCUUUGGGAUAUAGAGCAGUCGCCAUGGAUAUUUUAUGUCACAUAAUUCGAGGUAGUGCUAGUGGUUUGUCAAACGCUCUUGUCAAUAAUGUCUUUCCAGUUUUGGUGUCAUUUAUUUUACGUUCAGACGACAAUGCUAUUUUACAGAGUGGCGGUGAAUGCGUUCGCGCCUUUGUUUCAAAAGGUUCCGAACAACUCCUAAACUGGCAGGACAGCUCAUCAAAUAACGGCUUGACAUAUGUUAUACGUGUAAUUUCACAUAUACUGCAUCCCGGUAUUUCAGAAUAUGCUUCAGUUUUUGUCGGAAAACUGAUAAUUAUUCUUGUAAAAAAGGUGGGAAAUAAUUUGGGAGAAAAGUUGGAUACUAUCUUGCGGGAGAGUCUUAGUAAAUUGCAAAACACACAGACAUUGACAGUUAUUCAGUCAUUAAUGAUGGUGUUCAUAAGCCUGAUGUAUCAUCGUCUUGAAGAUACCCUAAACUUUUUAUCAAACGUGCCCGAUCCGUCAGGAAAGUCUGCUCUUGAUUUUAUUAUAAAUAUUUGGUGUAACAGACAGCAGGAAUUUCACGGUGCUUUUGACUCUAAGGUUAGGAUUUUAGCAUUAUGUAAAAUGCUGGAGCAUUUUGUGAAUAGCGGCGACAGGAGGCUUAGUGAUAUAAUCGUGAAAGGCGAUAGACAUGUUGAACUUGAAACAGAAAUUCGAACAAGAUCAAAGGCUGCAAAACAACCGGAGCAUUGGACACAUAUUCAAGCUCCUGUGAAGUUUUUCAAACUCCUAAUCGACGAGCUAUCAAAUAUGAAUCAAAGCACGGAUGAAAUCGAGGAAAUCACGGAUGAUGAGGAUUGGGAUGACGAGGAUGAGAUCAGUGAAUGUGGAGAUCUGAAAAAUAUAGUUGGCUCUUCUUUUGCUCCUGCUUCCGAUUUUCCAGGAUUUGAUUUUAUGUUUGAUUUUCCUGUCGAAGAGGUUGAAGAUGAUCCUGAUGUUUUAGAAGAUCCGAUAUACAGUAUGGAUAUUCAGAACUAUCUAGUGGAGUAUUUAGUUGCAUUCUCCAGACAUCCUACGUUUACUUCAUUCAAUAAUGGACUGAAUUCGCACGAAAAGCAGACGUUGGCAAGAAUUUUACAGAUGUAGGUGUACGUAACAGUAGAAUUUUACUGUUGUUGUACGUGUAGUGUAUUUAUAUGUUCAAGAAGAAGUAUAUAUUUAUACAAAAAAUAUAUUUUAGCUGGCUAA